AUGUACAUUGGUAAAACAACCGCAGUGAAAGAAGGCGAGCUUCGGAUGGCUGUGUUGAUGGAUUACACUCUUUCUUUAGUGAGCAUCUUUAUCGAUGGAGAUCAUCCAUUUACAAAUCCUCAAGGAAAACUUAGUUGCCUUGACGAACAAGUCAAGAUAUCUCAAGUCUUCCACUGCGAGGGCUUAUUGUUAUGCAUUUUGGAAGAAGACGACCCUAAAGUUGUGGUUUGGAAUCCAUAUUUAGGGCAAACAAGGUCUAUUGAAUCUAGAUAUUCUCACCGUCCACAUGGAUGGGAGUCAUGGGACAGAUUUAGUUACGCUCUCGGAUACGAGGAUAAGAAAUCUUGUCGUAAGCUCAAGUUCUUGAGGUUCAUAGAUAAAUCUUACGACAAAGUGUCAAAUUCGGGUUAUAUAUUGGCAUCCAACCUAAAACCAAUUGGCAAUAGAGGUCAUCAUCUGAAGCGUGGACAAUUGUGGGAACAACAUCCACGAAGUGGCCCAGAAUGUGGGACUUUCAUCAUUAACACCCCACCUCACGCUCAGAGGUCAUCAUCUGAAGCAUGGGCAAUUGUGGGAACAACAUCCACGGGGUGGCCCAGAAUCGACUGCUCUGAUACCAUGACAAAUCUUAUAGAAGGGAUUUCUCUAGAAUAUUCUUCCAUGUGGCUUCACGGGCUUCACUUCAUAAACGGGCUUCAAUGGCCCACAAUACUUGGUUCGCCUUGCUCACCAAGAUAUCUCCAAUACUCCCCCGCACGACAAAGGUGGACGCGAAACGCAAAAUCUGCAGUCACAAUGCGGAACACCUAUGUCGUGGACAAUCAUGUCGAGGAUGGCAAUACAAGAAACACUUAUUGGCCUGCUUCGCAAAGGAACUCAGAAGACGAACUUGACGAUCACAUAAUCUGUUUUGAUUUUACAAGUGAGAGAUUUGGGCCGCUUCUACGUCUUCCUUUUGACGCUGGAGAUGAUGACUAUGUGACUUUAUCUUGUGUUAGAGAAGAGAAGCUUGCUGUUUCACUUACGCACAACGAAGUAAAGCCAUAUGAGAUUGACAUAUGGAUCUCAACUAAGAUCGAGGCCGAAUUAGAGGUGUUGUGGAGUAAGUUCUUAACAGUGGAUACGGCACCUAAUUUCUAUAUGAUUCCACGUAAGAGUUUCUUCAUUGACGACGAGAAGAAAGUUGUCAUGGGUUUAGAAGACUAUCACAAAACGUUUAACAUCUUGGAGAGGAUGGCUACUUUAGAAAAUUGGAUUUCGGAGAACGUGCCUACAGAAACUGUAGGGAACAUGCAUGCUCUUAUGUUCCAAGUUUAA